AUGUGUUUAUUGUCGGGGAUUUUGUUCGUUUUUAUUGGUUUCCUUUUAUGGCUGAUGAAAAUCUUUGGUAUUGAUAGCAUUCAAACUUUCCAUCAAAUUUUAUUGGAUUUGUACACACGCAAGCGAUCACAUUGGAUAUUGGAACUUUUCCAGGUUGAUGAGGAAUCGGAUCAUCAUGGUGGCGAAUUAGUUGCUGCAGUAUUAAAGGCACAUAAUAUAAACGAAAUAUUUACAUUAUGUGGCGGACAUAUAUCACCGAUCUUAGUUGCUGCAAAAAAUAUUGGCAUCCGGGUGUACGAUACACGUCAUGAAGUUAACGCCGUGUUUGCAGCAGACGCUGUUGCACGUUUGCGUCAGAGUAUUGGCGUGGCGGUUGUUACUGCAGGACCAGGUUUAACAAACACGAUUACUGCUGUGAAAAAUGCACAGUUGGCGGAAACAGCUGUUGUCAUUAUCGCUGGUGCAGCACCAAUUUUAUCGAGAAACCGUGGCGCUCUACAGGAUAUUGAUCAAAUUUCAUUAAUGCGACCAUUAUGUAAAUAUGUUGCUCGAAUAACAUGUAUAAGGAAUAUUAUAACAGUUCUCAAAAAAGCCAUGCAUAUCGCACAAAGUGAUACACCUGGUCCGGUUUUUGUGGAGAUACCCAUCGAUGUAUUAUAUUCGUAUAAGAUGGUACUGAAGGAAAUGAAUAUUGCUGAAGCCAGAAAUUUCAAACAAACAGUCAUCAACUCAUACCUCUUAGCAUACAUUUCUCGACAGUUCAGUGGUGGCUGGGUUAUAAGAGAAAGCAUGCUACCAAUACCGGCCAGAAUAACAUUCCCAAAGGAUAAUGAUAUCAUAAAGCUGAUGCAUAUGGUGCUGAAAUCAAAGAAGCCAGUACUGAUUAUUGGUAGUCAAGCUGUUUUGGCUCCCGUUAGUGUAUAUGAGUUAAAGAAAGCAGUAAAGGCAAUCGGUAUCCCGACAUUCUUAACUGGCAUGUCUCGUGGAUUACUAGGGCAGCGAAAUCCUAUUCAUAUGCGCUACAACAGAAAAGAUACCCUCAAGGAAGCCGACUUAAUUAUUCUUGCGGGCGCAGUAUGCGAUUUCCGUCUUUCAUACGGGCGUGUUCUUUCACCGAACGCUAAUGUCGUUUCAGUAAAUCGUGAUCGAACUCAAAUGUUAAAAAAUGAAGGCAUAUUCUGGCGAGUUAAUUUAGCGAUCCAGGCAGAUGUUGCGACAACCUUAGUCAACCUUGCAGAUUAUUUGAUUUCAACUAAUCAUGAACAUGUUUUGUUGAUACAAGAAUGGGUAUUAUAUCUGAUGAAGAAAGAAAAAGAAAAAAAUACAGAAAAUUUGUUAAAAAUGAAGGAGGCAUUUGUAAAAGAUGGAAUUAACCCUCUUUUUGUGCUAUCCUUAAUCAAUAAAGUUUUACCAGAAAAUGCAAUUUUGAUAGCUGAUGGUGGAGAUUUUAUUGGAAGCGCUUCUUAUAUUGUACAUCCGAGAGGUCCGCUACAGUGGCUUGAUCCUGGAGUUUUCGGUACUUUGGGUGUUGGAGCCGGUUUUGCACUUGGAGCAAAAGCUGUUUACCCAGAUCGUCCAGUUGUAAUUUUAUACGGUGAUGGAUCCUGUGGAUUUUCGUUAAUGGAAUUUGAUACUUUUUCGCGUCAUGGGCUUUCUGUUGUAGCGUUAAUUGGUAAUGAUGCUUGCUGGUCACAAAUCGCGCGUGAGCAAGUUGUUACAUUCCAUAGUUCGGUUGCGGUGGAUCUUGAGUACAGAAGAUAUGACAACGUAGGGGCUGCACUGGGUGCACGUGGUGCAUUGAUUGCCAAUAAACAAGAUCUGACAGUGGAACGUUUUGAAAAAAUCUUCGCAGCUGCAACGAAUGGUAUUUCGGUGGUUGCAAACAUCGUUAUCGGCAAAUCGGAUUUUAGAGAUGGUAGCAUAUGCGUCUGA